AUGUAUUGGUUUCUUUUAAAAAUAGGAGUAAAAAUUACUUCUGAAAAUAUUGCAAUGAGAAUUUUUCUAAUCUCCCACAUUACAGUUGGGAUGCUUGGCAAUUCCUCAAUACUAUUUUAUUACACCUUUUUGAUAUUGAAUGGAAAGCACUUAAUGCCCAAAGACCUGAUUACAAAGCACUUGACUUUUGCCAACUGCUUGUCUAUCAUCUCAAGAGGCAUUCCGAGGAUAAUGUCAGAUUUUGGAUUUCAAACCAUCUUGGAUGACAUUGGAUGUAAAUUGAUAGUGUAUAUUGGCAGGAUAACCAGGGGUGUGUCUCUUUAUGCAAUGUGCCUACUGAGUUGCUUCCAAGCAAUCACAAUCAGCUCUAGGAACUCCAGGUUGAUGAAACUGAAAUACAAAACCACCAAGUACAUUGGUCCCUGUUGUUCAGUUAGUUGGCUUGUGAACCUGCUUCUAAACACCUAUUCACCAACAAGAAUUUCAGGCUCCAGUUACACUAAAAAUACAAGUAACAGGGUGAGUUAUGCAUACUGCUCAGUUCUUGCUUCUGACAAUGCAGCAACUGCUCUGUUUCUUUUCUUAACAUGCUUCUCUGAUGGACUAUGUCUGGGUCUCAUGUUCUGCUCAAGUGUCUCUAUGGUGAGUAUCCUCUACAAACAUAAGAGAAAGGUGAAGCAUAUCUACAGUGAUCAUCACUUUCAGAAAGUCUCACCUGAAGUCAGAGCCACCCAAAAUAUCCUCAUCCUGCUAUGCACAUUUGUCAUCUCUUACUCAUUUUCUUCUAUUAUGGCUGCCCUUAGGGCAUGGUCCAACUAUCCAGUGCUAUGGAGACUAAAUAUAUUUAUGUUUAUAGAAAUUUGCUUUCCCAUAAUUUGCCCUUUUGUUCUCAUCAUCAAUACAAAGUCUACUUCCAGACUGGUUUUACCCUACUUUGGUAAGAGAUAG